ACACCGCAAAUUGUGCCAAGACGGAAACUUUAAUCGAAGUUUAGAUUAAAAGUUGUGUCCUGGGUGACCUGUAAUUCGUCGACCAUAAGCAAAAUGUUGAGUGUUUUCUCUAAAGCCGCUAAUGGAGUUUUGAAAGCGGUGAAACCCGCUUUUGCUCCACAAUUUCUCCAAAAUGAAUUCGCCCGAGCCGUCACAACUUCUUCCGUCAACUCUCUUGCCGCUGCCCAAGCUAAACCAUCGUCUGGUGCAGCUCCCAGUGGUAAAGUCGUAGCUGUCAUUGGUGCCGUAGUAGAUGUCCAAUUCGACAGCGAAUUACCUCCUAUUCUAAAUGCUCUCGAAGUGCAUAACAGAUCUCCCAGGCUGGUGCUCGAAGUCGCCCAACAUUUGGGUGAAAACACCGUCAGAACCAUCGCUAUGGACGGUACCGAAGGUCUGAUCCGUGGUCAACCUGUUUCUGACACUGGUUACCCUAUUCGUAUCCCCGUCGGAGCUGAAACUUUGGGCAGAAUUAUCAACGUUAUCGGCGAACCUAUCGAUGAAAGAGGUCCCAUUCCUACCGACAAAAGAGCUGCUAUCCACGCCGAUGCUCCUGAAUUCGUUGAAAUGAGCGUAGAACAAGAGAUCUUGGUAACCGGUAUCAAAGUCGUAGAUCUUUUGGCUCCUUACGCCAAGGGAGGAAAAAUCGGUCUGUUCGGUGGUGCCGGUGUAGGUAAAACCGUAUUGAUUAUGGAACUGAUCAACAACGUAGCCAAAGCUCACGGUGGUUACUCAGUAUUCGCCGGAGUAGGAGAACGUACCCGUGAAGGAAACGAUCUGUAUCACGAGAUGAUCGAAUCCGGCGUAAUCUCCUUGAAAGAUAAAACCUCAAAGGUAGCUUUAGUGUACGGUCAAAUGAACGAACCACCCGGCGCCAGAGCUCGUGUAGCUUUGACUGGGUUAACCGUAGCCGAAUAUUUCCGUGACGUAGAAGGCCAAGAUGUACUGUUGUUUAUCGACAACAUCUUCAGAUUUACUCAAGCCGGUUCCGAAGUAUCUGCUUUGUUAGGUCGUAUUCCAUCGGCCGUAGGUUACCAACCUACCUUAGCCACUGACAUGGGUUCUAUGCAGGAACGUAUCACCACCACCAAGAAAGGUUCAAUUACUUCGGUGCAAGCUAUCUACGUACCCGCUGACGAUUUGACUGAUCCUGCCCCAGCUACAACUUUCGCUCACUUGGACGCCACCACCGUAUUAUCUCGUGCUAUCGCCGAAUUAGGUAUCUACCCAGCUGUCGAUCCUCUCGAUUCGACUUCUCGUAUUAUGGAUCCUAACGUCAUCGGAGCCGAACACUACAACACCGCUCGUGGUGUACAGAAAAUCUUACAAGAUUACAAAUCGUUACAAGAUAUUAUCGCCAUCUUGGGUAUGGAUGAAUUAUCCGAAGAAGAUAAAUUAACCGUAGCUCGUGCUAGAAAAAUCCAAAGGUUCCUGUCUCAACCUUUCCAAGUCGCCGAAGUUUUCACCGGUCAUGCUGGUAAACUGGUUCCAUUAGCAGAAACCAUCAAAGGAUUCCAGAAAAUCUUACAAGGUGAAUACGAUCACCUUCCCGAAGUAGCAUUUUAUAUGGUAGGCCCAAUCGAAGAAGUCGUCGCUAAAGCAGAAACACUCGCCAAAAACGCUGCUUAAAUAAGUUAAUUUAAUGCUAAAUGAAAAUCUAUGUUAGUUGUUUCGCGUUUAUUUUUUUUUUCCUUUGUGAUUCUAGCUCGGCAUUUUACAUUCUGAGAUGUUGAUAGGGUUCUGUUCGACGUUAUUAAGAUAAAAAACACGAUUUGUACAUUUUUAAAUACCUAAUUAUAAUUUAAUAAAAACGUUAAAUUAUAUUUUAUCGUGUGUUAUCGUCCGGGAGUAUUUUAUUACGUUAUGUAAUGAUUUUUCAGUCUUAGGAAAUCUGUAUGCAAUAAAAACGAUUCUUUUUUUC